AGUUCAGUUGUAUUGCCGUAGACCAUCGAUGACCAACAUGCUGCGACUUCUUUGUGUACUGGCCUUGACCACAUGUGCUACAGCACAGUUCUUCAGUCACCUUGGGGACCACGAACACUCGGAACUAGGCUCCUUCAGCUUCUUCUAUGACCCGAAAUCACACUACAUCGUAGGAAGAACCACACACAACUGCUACUUCAUGAGUCUCGGCGCUAACGAACAGCACGAUGUCCAUACCAACACGGGACUGGAAACCUCAGAGCUGAAGAUGAUUCAAAUGAUUGGAGGUGGGGAAACAGAAAUGACAACAGAUCAGAUUAUACAGCAUAGUCACGUGAUUGACUACAUGUGCCGCCAUCAUAAAAUGUACAUGGUCGGUGAAGUAUCUACGCAGUCCCCUGUCAUGGUUACUACACCGUUGGUUUAAGAAAAUUUCAAGUUUUGCACGCGGACAUAGUUGAACCACCCGGAUGUUAAUUCGUGUAAACAGGCAAUAAAAUUGUAUUUGGAAACAAUAU